GGACAUUUAAUUCUUUUUCUAUGAACAUAACCAAAAAUGUCAUAAUUGAAUUUUUUUAUUACAUGUGAAAUUGUAGGUUAGAAGUAGCUAGUUUAAAAUGUCUUUGAAGGCAAUUAGGUAUGAAAACAAUUCUCUGGAGAUAUUGGACCAACUGUUGCUGCCGGCGCAAUCAAAAUACAUACAAGUCAAAGGUGUCGAAGAUGGUUGGAAAGUGAUAAACAAGAUGCAAGUGAGAGGGGCCCCAGCGAUCGCUAUCGUGGGAUGUCUGAGUCUUGCAGUGGAAAUACACAACAAGCACUUCGAGUCCAAAAAAGAAUUAAGACAAGACAUUGAGGGUAAACUGAAUUAUUUGGUUUCUUCAAGACCAACAGCCGUGAAUAUGAAGAUAGCAGCUGAAGAGCUUAUAGCCCUUGUUAAUGAAUAUUCUAAGAAUGCUGAGCUUGAUUUAGACACAAUGAAAAGUAAUUUCAUUCAAUCAAUAGAGAAGAUGCUGGAAAAAGAUAUUGCAGACAAUAGGGCAAUAGGUGAACAUGGAGCUUCUAAAAUUUUAUUAUCCAUUCCAGGAGACAGUUUGGUUAGAGUAAUAACCCACUGUAAUACAGGAUCUUUAGCCACGGCCGGCUACGGAACAGCUCUCGGCGUAAUUCGAAUGCUGCACAAUAUGAAACGAAUCGAACACGUCUACUGUACGGAAACUCGCCCCUACAAUCAGGGCGCCCGUCUCACGGCCUACGAACUUGUCCACGACAAAAUCCCCUCCACCUUGAUCUGCGACAGCAUGGUGGCAGCACUGAUGAAGCACAGAAACAUAUCAGCAGUCAUAGUGGGCGCUGACAGAGUGGCGGCCAAUGGCGACACGGCUAACAAAAUCGGAACCUAUCAGAUCGCAGUCAUUGCAAAACAUCACGGUGUGCCUUUUUACGUUGCAGCACCUCAAACAUCAAUUGACUUGAAGAUAAUUAGCGGCGAUCGUAUUGUUAUAGAGGAGAGACCCGAUAGGGAAAUGACCCACAUCGGGGAACACAGGAUAGCCGCCAAGGGUAUACCGUGUUGGAACCCAGCAUUUGACGUCACACCUGCUUCCCUUAUUGCCGGUAUAAUAACCGAAAAGGGUGUUUUUAAACCGGAUGAAUUAGUAAGGGAGUUUGCUUCCUAAGAACAAUGUUUUUAAGCAUUAUGCCAAAGAUAUACUUUUUAAUGUUUUUAUAAGUAUUUACCAUAUUUUUUUCAUAAUGAUGACAAUUGUAUUUGUAUAUAUUGCUAGCUGUUUAUAAAUUACACGCCUUCAACUGAAAUGAACCAAGAUGUUAAUACCGAUUUUAAAUAAACCUAUUCUAUCUAACU